AGGAAAUUUUGUAGUAGCUUGGUACGACUAUCGUGUUCGUCUAAUAUGGCUGUCGUGGCAAGAAUUUGUAGAAAGCAAUGGACAGAAAAUUUAGAAAUACAGAAUGUGUAAUGCUGAAAAGUGCUCUUAAUUUGUGCACCUGAAUGCGAUAUUGUUUUGGUUUUAGCGUACGCCAGUGAGUGAUAUUCUUCAUGUUCUUUGGAAAAUUAAAUCAACCUAGCUGUCACUUAAUAACAAACUAGUCCGCUGUAGAAAGUCGAUUGAAAACACGGAAGUAAAAUUGGUGUAUCUUCUAACACGAUUUCAGUGUAUAAGUUGGAUGAAAAUUCCGACUAGUCGGUCUUGACAUCAUUGCACUGAAAAACAUAGAAAACAUGGGUAGCAGAUGACCUAUCGAAUUAAUCAAUUCCUCCACCAUGAGUGGCUUGGCUCCAUCAGCUGUUGUUGGAGCAUCUGGUACUUUGCUACCAGACAAGCGCUCUGACAUAGCCUUUAUCAAACGUCAGAAACUGACCUGUUGUCAUAACAAUGUUCCCCCUGUCCAUGGGCGCAGUGGACCUGCCCUACAUGUCCGCACUCGACUCAGCAAUCAUCAACGUAACCUCAGCUUAGAUUUCAGAUCCAUGGGCAUCCUGCUGCCUCCGGUUUCACAGGUAACCACAGCAACUACUCUAACUAUGCAUCAUCGUAACCGCAGCCUGGAUUCGGCGCUCCAGAGAAUUCCUGAGGUUGACGUGACACCCAGCCCAGAAUGUGAGAGCAGCGAACGCACCUUGGCACUACCCCGAUCUGAUGCUAGUGAAGAGGAGUCUUGUGCCAGUGGAACAGCACCUUCACCUGGGACUCCUGCAGUCAAGGGACCAUUGGAUCGAGAAGAAAUCGCAAGUCUGGGUUCUGAUGAUUCAGGCAUUUUGUGUGGCUCAGAUAGUGGUCACAGCAGUGAUGCAAAUGCUGCAACACGUGAGUCAAGUGUGGAGCAGUUGCCUGGAACAAGUGUGCGCCAGCUACCUGAGGAGAUCAGGCCCAAGGGGCAGGGGGAAGCCAUGGAAGUGGAGGAGUCAGCUCAGACAUCUGCUACUUCUAUGGAAGAGGGGAACAGCUGCACAGUGCAUGAUGUGAAUCUAAGUUGUGCUGAUGAUGAGUCCAGUGUUUCCACAUGUCAUUCAUCACCUGCCCCGUCCUCACUGUGCUGUGGUGGAAGUGUUGCAUUAGAAACAAAGCAUUUGGAAAAAAAUUUUGUAUCUACUGUUAAAGGAGCAAAAGGUUUUCUUUUGAGACUGUUUGAGAGUAAACAUUUUGAUAUGUCCAUGGCUAUCACAUAUCUCUUCAAUUCAAAGGAGCCAGGUGUGCAGAGCUAUAUAGGGAAUAAAAUUUUCAGCUUUCCAGAUAGUGAUGUUGAUUUUUAUCUUCCUCAAUUAGUGAGCAUGUAUAUUCAAAUGCAUGAUGUGGCUGAAGUGAUCCAUCCAUAUCUAAUAUACAGAUGCCGAAAGUCAGCAGAUUUUUCACUUAAAUGUGCAUGGUUGUUGGAUUCCUAUAGUUCAGAUGCACAUCUUCCUUCUAAAAAGAAGUCACAUGGCACAAAGUUAAAGAACUUAAUCUUAUCUGAUGAGCUUCGACCGAAGGAAGUAGAUAUUACCCGCCGCCUGCGAAAUAGCACUAUAGGUUCCCCUCCAGAUGCCUCAAAACUGAAAGAAAUCGGUGCUAGUUCCAUUGUUUCUAUUGCUCCACCAUCCCCGCCUCCACCACCUCCACCACCCCCACCACCUCCACCACCCCAGAUUCCUACCCCCCCACCUCUUCCCUCUGGCCCACUUUCUCCCAGUAAAAAGACUCAUCAACGUUCACGUUCCGAUGCUUCCGGUUUGUAUCAGGGUCAUAGAAGAAUGUUAUCUACAGGUUCUAGCAAUAAAAUUUGCUUGGGAGAUUUGAGCUCAGGACGAGCAUUUGAUAAUGGCUGUGCAUGUUUUGAUUCCUGCCAAGGUGUUGUCAAUGAUUUGAAAGGGAAAAGAACUGACUGUACUUGCAAUGCCCCACGUUUAGCUCCUGAAUUGGAAUUUAUCAGAGCUCUCAUAUCCAUUGGAAAACUGCUUAGUACCAUUCCUACAAAGGAGGCUAAAACAACACGUCUUCUUGCAGAAUUGAGUACACUAAAUCUAAACCUUCCAGCUCGUGUGUGGCUUCCUAUUCAUAGUAGUGUGCCCCACCACAUUGUGAGGAUUCCUCCUCAGACUUCUGCUGUUCUCAAUUCCAAAGAUAAAGCCCCAUACAUAAUUUAUGUUGAAGUGCUGGAAGUUGAGGAUAUUCAUACCUCUCCUGUCCCUACCAAAAUUAUGAAUUCACUUCGCCACACAAAAUCUGAAGAAAACUUGGCUGGAGAAGGACAAGUGCAAGCAGAGAGUACUUCUUUGUGUGCCUUCAGUGUGUAUGGCAAUCCAGAUGAAGAAACAGGAGACUGUUGGUCACAGGAAGAUGAUGAGAUCUCUCAGCAGUAUGAUUCAGAAAUGCUGAUCACAACUUUGCAGUAUAUGCAGUUACGUAAGCCAAUGGACCGUGAUACUAUAUCUCAGCUCAGCCAAGAAUCAAGUGAUUCUCGAGAACCACCUGUGUUUAUUGCUGGGGAUAUCCGCCGACGAUUAUCCGAAUCACUCCAUGACUCCCGACGUGCUACCUUCAAUCAUGAUCCUGAGGACCCUUCAGCUGCUGCCCUGAAAGAGCCAUGGGGUGAAAAGGAGCGACGAGUUCGUGAAGCCUCUCCAUAUGGCCACUUGGCUUCAUGGAGAUUGCUUUCAGUGAUUGUCAAGUGUGGAGAUGACUUGCGACAGGAAUUACUAGCAUCACAACUGUUGACCAUGCUUCAGCGGAUUUGGGAAAUGGAGCAUGUCCCUUUGUGGGUUCGACCUUAUCGGAUAUUGUGUCUGUCCAAUGAUAGUGGUUUGAUAGAACCUAUUCUCAACACAGUUUCUUUGCAUCAAAUCAAAAAACAUUGCCAGCUGUCAUUAUUGCAGUACUUUGCUAGGGAGUAUGGUUCUCAUAAUUCUGAAGCAUUUUUGACUGCACAGAGGAAUUUUGUGCAAAGUUGUGCUGCUUAUUGUUUGAUUUGUUACUUAGUUCAAGUGAAAGACAGACAUAAUGGUAAUAUUUUACUAAACAACGAAGGUCAUCUCAUUCACAUAGACUUUGGAUUCAUAUUGUCCACAUCACCACGCAAUCUGGGGUUUGAAACUUCUCCAUUCAAACUCACUCCAGAAUUUGUGGAGGUAAUGGGAGGAUUGGAUUCUGACAUGUUUAAGUACUUCAAAAUUCUCAUUUUACAAGGUCUUGUUGCUGCAAGAAAACAUAUGGACAAAAUUCUAAGCCUUGUGGAGAUAAUGAGAUCAGGGUCUCAACUGCCAUGUUUUAAAUCGGGAGCAGCAACUCUUCAAGCUCUUAAGAACAGAUUUCACCUCAACUUGACUGAAGAGCAGCUUCAGCAACUUGUUGACAACUUGGUGGAAUCCAGCAUCCAUUCUCUAAGCACCAAGCUGUAUGAUGGCUUCCAGUAUCUCACCAAUGUAAGUGUAUCGGUGAGGUUCUGUAGUCAACGGUCUGAUGGAUCAGAUGGCGAAGAACCAAGAAAACCCAAGCAGGAAUCGUCACAUAAAGGUGGAGAAGAGUACCCGUCGCACCACAGCCUCCCUGCAACAGUAGCUGUCCCUGAAGUGUGGCCUCAAUUGCCUUUAAUUGCAAUUAGCAGAAAUCCAGUAUUUCCAAGAUUCAUCAAAUUGGUUGAAAUAACUAAUCCUGUUCUAAUAGACCUUAUACGAAGGAAGGUAAAACUUAAUCAGCCCUAUGCGGGCUUGUUUUUGAAGAAGAGUGAUGAACAUGAAGCAGAUGUUGUUAAUAAUUUAAAAGAUGUUUAUUCUGUUGGAACAUUUGCUCAAAUUCAUGAGAUGCAGGAUUUGGGAGAUAAGUUGCGUUUGGUUGUAAUGGCUCAUCGACGUAUCCGUAUUACUGGUCAGAUAAUUGAUGAUAUGGAUGCACCUUCAGAGAUGACAUUAAGCUUUCCUCUGUUAAAAACAUCCAUUACUGUCCCACUAGAAGAAACAGAGGAAAGGAGAAGACGACGCCGUCGUAAAAGGAAGGCUGCAGAGGAGGAAAGUGCCAGUGUGAACUCCGAAAAGCAGGUGGAGGCUGAAGCCACAGCUUCUGCAGCAGGAACUCCUCCGCCAAAACCUCAGCCAGUGCUCAUGGUGCAGGUUGAAAAUGUUAUUCAUGAAAAAUUUAGACAAACUGAGGAAGUUAAGGCUUUAACCCAAGAAGUUAUCAAAACCAUUAGAGAUAUUAUCAGUUUGAAUCCUUUGUAUCGAGAAUCUCUGCAACAGAUGUUACAUCAAGGUCAGAGGGUUGUGGAUAAUCCUGUGUACUUAUCUGACUUGGGGGCAGCUCUUACUGGAGCAGAGGCCUCAGAGUUGCAGCAGGUCCUUGAAGAAAUGGAUAUUCCAAAACGCUUAAUGCUCUCAUUGUCACUAUUGAAGAAGGAAUAUGAAUUGAGUAAAUUACAACAAAAGAUAGGCCGAGAAGUUGAAGAAAAAGUAAAACAACAGCAUCGUAAAUAUAUACUACAUGAACAACUUAAAGUUAUUAAAAAAGAAUUGGGCCUUGAGAAAGAUGACAAAGAUGCAAUAGAAGAGAAAUUUCGUGAAAGAAUCAAGGAAAAAACUGUUCCUAAAGCAGUUAUGGAAGUUCUGGAUGAGGAGCUACAUAAACUGUCAUUUCUGGAGAGUCAUUCAUCUGAAUUUAAUGUUACCCGGAAUUACUUGGACUGGUUGACUUCAUUACCAUGGGGUAUUACGAGUAAAGAAAAUUUGGGACUAAAACAAGCAAUUGACAUUUUAGAUGAAGAUCAUUAUGGAAUGGAAGACGUUAAGAAGAGAAUAUUGGAAUUCAUUGCUGUUAGUCAACUGAAGGGGACCACCCAAGGCAAAAUAUUGUGUUUCUAUGGGCCUCCAGGCGUAGGCAAGACCAGUAUUGCUCGAUCGAUUGCACGGGCUUUAAAUAGAGAGUAUUUUCGCUUUAGUGUGGGUGGCAUGACUGAUGUUGCUGAAAUAAAAGGUCAUCGCAGAACAUAUGUCGGAGCAAUGCCUGGAAAAGUUAUACAGUGUUUAAAAAAAACAAAGACUGAAAAUCCUCUAAUAUUAAUUGAUGAAGUAGACAAAAUCGGAAAGGGUUAUCAAGGAGAUCCUUCUUCAGCUCUUCUAGAAAUGUUAGACCCAGAACAAAAUGCAAAUUUUUUGGAUCAUUAUUUGGACGUACCUGUGGAUUUAUCAAAAGUCUUAUUCAUUUGCACUGCCAAUGUUCUGGAAACAAUUCCAGAACCUCUCAGAGACCGCAUGGAAAUGAUAGAUAUGUCUGGUUAUGUAGCGGAAGAAAAGAUGGCAAUUGCAAAGCAAUAUCUUGUUCCUCAGGCUAUGAAUGAUUCUGGACUACAUAAUGACCAGGUUCACAUUAAAGAUGAUGCUCUGCAGCUUCUUAUAAAGUCAUACUGUCGAGAAAGUGGUGUCCGAAAUUUACAGAAACAUAUAGAGAAGGUUGUGAGAAAAGUAGCCUUUAAAGUUGUAAAGCAGGAAGCAGCAAAAAUUGAUGUGUCUUCAGAAAAUCUUCAUGAUUUUGUUGGUAAACCUAUGUUUACACAUGAUCGCAUGUAUGAAUCUACUCCCCCUGGUGUUGUCAUGGGUUUGGCAUGGACUGCUAUGGGUGGAUCCACCCUGUUCAUUGAAACAACAACAAGACGCCCUCAUGACGACAGUAGCGAAGGUUCCCUUGAACUGACAGGUCACUUGGGAGAUGUGAUGAAAGAAUCUGCUAAAAUAGCUCUGACUGUUGCAAGGAAUUUCAUGAAAAAAGAGGAUCCUAAAAAUAAUUUCCUUUAUUCAAGUCAUUUACAUCUCCAUGUCCCUGAGGGUGCCACUCCCAAAGAUGGGCCUAGUGCUGGAUGCACUAUUGUGACUGCAUUACUCUCAUUGGCCAAGAACAGUCCUAUUCGACAGGAUGUGGCCAUGACAGGAGAAGUGUCUUUGAUGGGAAAGAUUUUGCCAGUUGGAGGCAUCAAAGAGAAAACAAUUGCAGCCAAACGAGUAGGUGUUAAAUGUAUAAUUCUUCCAGAAGAAAACAAAAAGGACUUCAAUGAUUUGCCAAAGUAUAUAACUGAUGGCUUAGAAGUUCAUUUUGUGAAUCAAUUUCAGGACGUUUAUAAUAUUGUCUUUGCUAAACCAUGAUAUCUAGAUAAAAUUUUAUUUUAGGAAGUAUUAAAAUUAUUUUGAGAAAAGAAUCUAUCUCUGUACAUUGUAAACAAUGUAAAACGUAAAUGACCACAAAGUUGGGUGUUUCCUGUACAGAACUUUGUGGACUACAUCUGGUGUUUAAUGGCAGGAGAAGCAAUUAUGCUGUAUCUGUGUAAAUAAAUUUGUAUAUUUUUUUAUUUUUGUGAUUGAAUUUCUACCUUGCAUUUUGCUGAAAAGUUCUCUCAAACCCAACCCUCUCUUGAGGGCAAUUAUAGUAAAUAUUAUUUUUAUUUCAGCAUGUUUAAUUUGUUCCUUGAAUUACUGGUACUUCCUGCUUUAUUAAUUGUAAGAUAAGAUUUAAACUUUCCUCCACGUUACCAGUAUUACCAUUAUUUUCUAUUUCAAAAUCCCAUGAUGUAAAAUCAUCCAAGUCACAUUCUGACGGUGCAUCAUCAAUUCCUUCAGUGAAAGUCCAACCACGUUGUUUCCUGACAUCAUCACUUGUAAAGAUCCGAAUGUUUUUAACAUUUUUAUAAUUUUCAUGAAACCAUUUAAUAUCGGUUUUUCUUCUAGCAUCACUUACUAUCCACACAGAUUUGUCUGUAGCUCGGCACAUUUCAAUUGCAUGACGACAGAAGUAUCCAUAAUCUUUCUCUCUCAUUGAUUCUCCCCAGAUAAUCAUAUCCUGCCGAUAUUUUUCUUUAUAAGACGACGAAUCCAGUAAUUUGGAUAAUUCCAAACCACAUAAUUGGGCCCAGUGAUUUUUUAUGGGGGCUGAUAAUUUUACGAUAACACCGUUAUCGUGACCAAUCCUUUCAAUUAGCAAAUCGGUGAAGAAAUCUUUACCAGAUUUCCGUUUGCCACUGAAUAAUAGUAUACAUUUUGGAUUUGAUGUUUGAUCAGGGCACAUUACGACUACAACACCCCCAAAGCUUUAUGAUUGUUUCAGCCUACUGCAAUCAACAAUGACAAGUUUUUUAUACUAACUCACUGUCGUAGCACUGGGCCUGAGCGGGGGGAAAUACUUCGGUUUUUAUAACGUGGCGCGGCAAGGCGUGUUUUCACGAUGGAAU